GACAGCGGUCAGUGAUAAUAAAAGAUAAAAGGUAUAUGAUGAUGGUGGUGAGAGAGAGAGAGAAUAACUGAAUAAGAGUAAUUGGAGAAUGCCGAAGAGGACGACGCAUACAUACUCUAGCGAGGAUGCAGCUCCGGAGGGCCAACACUCCGAUCUCUUCGUUUAUUACUGCAAGCACUGCGGUUCCCAUCUCCUAAUAACUGACACCCAAUUGCAGAAAAUGCCUCGAAGAAACACCGACAGAGCUUACGUAUUGGACAAGACCAAACAUCUUGCCAGAUUCAACAUUCAAGAAGCAGGCAACGUUCUCUUAAAGCGAGGCCAAGGAAAACUCGAGAAACAAUAUCGCAUGAAUUGUAUUGGUUGCGGUCUCUUUGUUUGCUAUCGCGCUGAAUCAGACUUCGAUACUUCCUCUUUCAUUUAUGUUCUUGACGGCGCACUCAGUACUGUUGCUGCUGAAACCAACCCUCAGGAUGCACCCGUUCCACCCUGCAUUUCCCAGCUUGAAGGAGGACUUGUUCAACUUGCUAUUGAAGUUGAGGAUCGUGCUCACCGUUCCGCAAUCACCAGAGUAAAUGCUGAUGAUGUUCGAGUCAGUGUAGCUGCUCCUGCUGCUCGUGGAGAAGCCAACAACGAACUUUUGGAGUUUAUGGGAAAAGUUUUGGGUUUAAGAUUGAGUCAAAUGACACUUCAGAGAGGAUGGAAUAACAAGUCAAAGCUUCUUGUGGUAGAGGAUUUGACUGCUAGACAAGUUUAUGAGAAACUUUUGGAGGCUGUACAACCCUGAUGCUGUCUUUUAGCUUUAUUAUGCAUGGGUUCUGGUUUUCUGGAAUGUGAGGGUUCUUGUGAACAUGUUGAACCUCUUUCUUGUGCAGAAAUAAGUUUGGUGCUUAAAUGUCAGUUUUGUUUAUUUAGUUUUACUAAGAGACACGUACAAUGAUGCCAUUGGCCCAUUUCAUAGAUCUA